CGGUCCUGGCCCGGGGAGAUGCGGUUCCCGCUGGCCUCUUCAAGGCAGGGUUGGGGCGGUGGAUGGGAGCGGGCCUGCGCUAGCAUUUGGGUUCUGCCCUAUGGCGUGUUCUCUUCCAGGGCCUUUCCGGCAGCCCCGGAGAAGACAAGGCACCCUGGCCGCCACUGUCUUCGCGGUGCCUACUCGACAGCCUGCCGGCACUUCCGAGGGCACACAGAAGCCCCACCGGUGGCCAGGGAAGCACCCAGUCGGCGGGCCAGGCCGCCCCAGCUCACCCUUCGGGCCGCGGCGUGUGCUCAGCCUCACGUCGGGGGUGUGUGUGGCUGCGCGGGCGUGUGUGAGUGUAGUAGGGGGAGGAGGCCCUCGAGCUGCUCCAUCCGUCCGUUUUAUUAGGGACACAUUAAUCUAUAAUCAAAUACACCUCAUAAAAUUUUUAUUGAAAGGCAUAAUAUCAUUACAGAGGUCUUCCACCUGUUUUAAACAACACGACAAGCUGUGAGAGAGCGUGUGUGGGUAUGUGGAGGGAGGGGCGGGUUUGGGUAGGGAGAGAGGCACAAGGAAAAAACUCCCCUCGGGCGCCAGGGGGCCGCCUCGGAAGGCCGGCCUGGCUUGGGCCUCAUCCCGCCCUGCGCUCCCCGGGCUGCUCCGGGCUCUGGCCAAGCGCUCGGUGCGCCCUGGACACGCUGCCGGUGGCUCGAAGUCCAGGCGCUAGGGAGGCAGCGUCUCGGUUCGAACUGCAGGACCGAGGACGGCUAGAGGAGACGAACAAAUAGUCCCCAGCGCCUCCUCCGGCCACGGUCGGGCGCAGCGGUUCCAGCCACCGCCCGGCUGUCCGAGCCCGGCCGGACCGAGCCGGGCGCACGGACCGGGCUCAUGCGCUCUAAUUGCGGCGUUUAUGUUGAUGAUGAUAUAUAUAUAUUUUUUUAAAUCACAGCAGCCCCCAGUUUAGCGGACUGAUUUACUCCCGGUAUUGGUAAAUAUGAUCACGUGGGCCGCGCGACCAAUGGUGGAAGCUGCAGCCUGCGAACUAGUCGGCGGCUCGGGCGCCGGCGGGGAGCGGCGCCGCGGCGGGCAGUGUAACCUUGGGUGGGAGCGCACGGCGCCUCAAAAUGUCCUCCAGUGGCACCCUCAGCAACUACUACGUGGACUCGCUCAUAGGCCAUGAGGGCGAUGAGGUGUUCGCCGCGCGCUUUGGACCGCCGGGGCCCGGCGCGCAGGGCAGGCCCGCAGGUGUGGCCGACAGCCCGGCCGCCGCUGCCGCCGAGUUUGCCUCGUGUAGUUUUGCCCCCAAAUCGGCCGUGUUCUCCGCCUCGUGGUCCGCGGUGCCCGCUCAGCCCCCGGCGGCGGCGGCGAUGAGCGGCCUCUACCACCCGUACGUGCCCCCGCCGCCCCUGGCCGCCGCCGCCUCCGAGCCCGGCCGCUACAUGCGCUCCUGGAUGGAGCCGCUGCCCGGUUUUCCGGGCGGCGCGGGCGGAGGCGGUAGCAGCGGCGGCGGGGGCGGAGGUGGCCCGGGCCCUGGUCCCAGCCCCGGCCCCAGCGGCCCACCCAACGGGCGCCACUACGGGAUUAAGCCUGAAACCGGAGCGGCCCCGACCCCUGCCGCCGCCGCCGCCGCCACCUCCACCUCCUCCUCCACUUCCACGUCUUCCUCCUCCAAACGGACUGAGUGCUCCGCGGCCCGGGAGUCCCAGGGGAGCGGCGGCCCCGAGUUCUCCUGCAACUCGUUCCUACGGGACAAGGCAGCAGCUGCGGCUGGGGGAACCGGGCCCGGGGCAGGGAUCGGGUCCGGGUCUGGGGCAGGCGGCUCCUCGGAGCCCUCGGCUUGCAGCGACCACCCCAGCCCAGGCUGCCCACUGAAGGAGGAGGAGAAGCAGCAUCCGCAGCCGCCGCAGCAGCAACUUGACCCAAACAACCCUGCAGCAAACUGGAUCCACGCUCGCUCCACCCGGAAAAAGCGCUGUCCCUACACCAAAUACCAGACGCUAGAGCUGGAGAAGGAAUUCCUCUUUAACAUGUACCUCACCCGGGACCGGCGCUACGAGGUGGCAAGGAUUCUAAACCUCACAGAGAGACAAGUCAAAAUCUGGUUCCAGAAUCGUAGAAUGAAAAUGAAAAAGAUGAGCAAGGAGAAAUGCCCCAAAGGAGACUGACCCGGCGCGCCGCUGGCGGGACCACGCUGCGCUGCAAAAGCAGCGGGUUUUUUUGUUUUUUUGUUUGUUUGUGGGUGCUUGAUUUCCAGAAACUCUCCAGCGAUUCGGACAUUCCCCCCCCCCUUUUUUUUUUAGGUAGAAGUGACUGUGCGGUUGGUCUCUGUGAGGUAUUUGGGGGACUCUGUAUUUGCUCGCUUAUGUGUUGGAGAAACGAAGUGGCUUUGGGGUUUCGCCUUUUCCCGCUCUCUCCCUUUCCUGACCCGUUGGUUCCAUAGGAAAUGCUAUAUUUUGUGAGUGCACGCUGGAUUGAAGAGCCCUCUCGUGUAAAUGUCCCCUAUGUUUCUGAAAAGUGCUGUAGUUUAGCCCCCAGAGCUGCUCAAGCAAGGGCCAAGUGCGCCCCACUUCUGAGAAUGAAGGCAGAGCGACAACCGUGGGGGGCCCGCCCAGGUUGCCCACCAGUUAGUGAAGUCCUCUUCCCUCAGAGAGCCCGCGGGCCCUCCGCUGAGACCUGAAAUGAGGCCAAGAGAGGAGCCCAGGGCCUCUGGUGGGUCGGGGGUUUAUUCUCAGUGCACUGGAGGAGCCGCUCUCUCCUGGGGAGGGCUCACCUCGCGUGGGCGGCCGCGGGUGUAGGCCCUCCGGGUUCCUGCCUGAGGACCAGUUGUAAAUGUUACCGCUUCCUACCAAUAAAUGCUGACCUGAUCAAAUGGAGCCCAGACGCUGGCCCUGAACACUGUGUGCCUGCUUUCUCUUUUUCUCUGCAAAAUAUCACCCUCACAGGACUUCUCCCCCAUCUCUGGGAGGAAGACACUGCUAAAAAUCUGGAGCCCUUACACCUGAGA